AUGCAGUACACGCUGGCACUCCAAAGGCAUUUUCAAAUGUUCAGCGUUAUUUUGACAUUAGCAGCAUUGGUGCUGUACAGCUCUACACAAACGCAAAACUACGACAUGGAAUGCCUGUGGUGUGAGAAUGUGAUAUACAAUGCUCGUAAUUUCUUCGGUGAUAACAUUGUCAACACCACCAAUCUUCAAUUCGAAGAGUAUUUCGACCGGUCGUGCCGCCUGGACGCCAGAAAAUCAGCACUUUAUGGAGCCAUCUGCUACGAUAUAAGGGAGUUCCACGAAGAAAGGACAGAACAACGGCCAGCCUCACCCCCUCUACCAUCCACGCUACAUGACUGUAUCUCUGCUGGCGUAUUGCAUGUGGACACCGCUGCGAAACUGAUCCUGAGUAAAAUGCGACGUGAAGAAUUUAAUGAAGCCGCGUACUAUGAAUUUGUUCAAUCAGAUGUGGCGGCGAGAGCAACAACAACAUAUGGCAGUUUGAACCGCCCCUUGGGGCGUGAUUUGGAUCUUCUAUGGGGAAUCGCGAACAGAAUCAUAGCGGAAAUUGCACGAGCAAUGGCCACAAAAAGCAUUCGAUGUUUUGACACGGCGGAAAGACCCUUACCAGUUGUGGCAACUACGCCUUCGGUAACAAAUUGCACAAGAAUGUGGAGGAUCGACGCCGAACCACCGUUUUCGAAGGUAAAUCUACUGAAGGAAUUGGAUGACUGGUCCCCGCGAAAAAAGGAUAACGCAUAUGUGCAGGUCUCGGCCCUGUACCGCCACAUACUUCAAAGAAUUUGUAACCCACCAGAACGCAUUCGAGAAUACUCCUUGCGAAUCAACACGUUGAAAGGGAGAGACUUGAAGUUGAAGAGCCUUCCACGGGGAGUAACGGACAUCCUGAUAGAAAUGGUCGAGGACAUGUUAGGAUACGGACAUGAAGAGUUGGAGCAGUUUCGUCAAACAGACCUACAAGAAUCGCCGUGGUAUCAAAACCUGGGAAGUACUGAGCAGGAAAGAAAGCAGAAUCUUGCUGAUUUAAAAGAAGAAAAGAAGAACUGGAGACCGCAAUUAUUCAAGUCGCUGCAAUUAGCACUGCGCGACGUGCGGUCAUACAGUUAUGAAGCUGGACGAUGGAUUGCUAAUCCUCGGAAACGUGGAGCUCCCGGAGAAGUGGAUGAAAACACAGUGCCUUGUUCACAGUGA